CGUUGCAGUAAAAAGCUCGCUCAUUCCGAUAGUUUUCAUUCUCGGUGAAGUUCUUGAUCGAUUAGUGAACGUUGGUUGACACUUCCUUCUUAACAUCUACUUGCUACUAUUGUAGAGAGUCUGUAACAGUGCAAAUAGUAGACCUUUCGACAUGUAAAUUCGCUUCGCAAACUUUACCAAAUUGUUCUUCAAUAUUUUUUUUUUGGAAUAAUAAAGUGAUGCAGUGAGGUAUUGGCUUGUGAACGAUACAAAUAAUGACUUUGGUUUCGCUUUCUUCAGUAUGAUCUCAGGUUGUGGCAAGUGAUUUGAGCGAUUUAUUUCAAAAAGUGCAAUCAUGGAGUUACGGUAUGUCUUGCUAACCAUUGUAAAGAUCUUAAUCUCGGUACCAACGGUUGUCUUGUACCAAUCACUUCUUACUGAUGGAGCUGGUCUCAUGGGUGGACAUCUCGACAACAAAAAUGUAUCUGCUAAUAGUACCGAUCAACUUACAACACCAAGUAGCCAAGAAAUUGCUAUAACGAACAAUACGGAGAGUAAAGCUGGUCAAAAUUCGGAAGAAAUUCCAGAUCCGUCUCCGCUGGUACUUCCAGGGUACAACCUACCGGAGAACAUAUUUAACAAAGGAAAACCUUUCUAUUUAGAAAAAGAUCCACUGACUGGAAAAAUCGAUUUCGAUAGUAAAACUGCAACAUUGCGACUAGAUGAUGACUUAUACGACUAUGUUGAUGAAGAGCCCAGUUCGGACAUCUACGACAAGAGCAAUAUCGAUCGCAAAGAUGGGAGUUUAGGCAGUCACAGGCCGAGUGAUAUCAACCAACUAACACCAAAUUUCCACGACUUUUUAAACCUACCAGUCAAAUACAAUUCAGACAAGUACGUCUACCCCUUGAUAUCAAGCUCUUACGCCAACACCAAAAUUCAAGGAAAUAUCAACAAAUACCACAAUCAUAAGGAUUACAGUGUUAAAACUUCUACCGUUAAACCGACCGGAAGCCCAACUUAUUAUAAAUCGCCGAAUUAUUACAGUAGUCCAAAGACUACGGAAACGACAACUACCACAACCACUACAACAACUCCUAAAACUACAACAGAAGUUUACUUGACUUCAACAUCUAAAAAUCUGAUGAAUAGUGAAAUCAACCAUCCAAGUUUCCACGAAGAUUUUGAAGAUUACUACGAAGAGACAGAACGGCCAAAUCAAAUCUAUUUAACAACAAAAAAUGUGAACAAUAUUUAUCUGACGACCAAAGCUCCAAGUACGACAACACGACGCGUUUUGAGUGUUUUUGAACAGUUGUUUGGAGAGUACGAUGAAAUUGUACCGACGACUGAAAAGCCAAAACCACCAAAGGAAAUUAAAACGGAUAAACCUUUGCAAAGUGCACCCAGUGACUUGCAUUAUCCUAACUCCCAUGCCGGACCUAAUGUACUGACGGGGUCAAGUAUGGGUCUAGAAUCAGCUUCUUACGAAUAUGAAGAUUAUGAAGAAAAAAUUAAUCAUGAGGAUAAUGUAGCUAUGGAAAACAAACCAGUGAAAGAAGUACAAAAUGAUAUUACAAGUUCCACUACUGCACCAACUACUACUACUAGUACAACCCAGUCUACAACUACAAGUACAACCACUCAACCAAGUACGACCAAAAGGCAAGUCUAUGACGAAUAUGAUUAUGAAGAGAGAGAAAAUGAUACGAAAAAGGAAGUUCGCCCAACUCAACCUCCGACCAGUACCAUGAAAGUGACGUCAUUACCUCUCGGGGAAAAUCACAUAACCAAUUUAAAUAACCACCAAUCAAUAAUUGUAGCCACUCAGAAUUUACGCGAACAGUUGAACAAUGAAAAAGUGGUACCAAAACCGUUCGGUUAUGAAAAACAACAACCUCCCAGUACUAGUAACAUCCAUAUAGCUCCAGACCAAGACAUGGUUUCUUUCGUGGUGGGUAACCACCAAAACGUCGAAGGUAAUCAAUAUGUUGGUACUUCACUUAAAGAAAGCCCCUAUGAUAGUAACCCCUUCCGGCCCUUGUAUGGCCAACAACCCCAAUAUAGUAAAGGUACAGUCAGUUACACCGUACAAGCCUCCCCAGCUCAAAAUUACCCACCAGCAGCCAGUUCAGUCACAAUCCAACCCCAGAAAAAUUCAGAAGCUUCCCUUGCAAUUGGAGUACCGAUCAACAGUCUUAAACAAGUACCUGGUCAAGUGGUUGAUGAAAAACUCGAAAUUGGAGAUGAGAAAAUUGAAUAUCCUAAAGGAACCGGAGGUAAAAUUGUCUUCCCUGAUGACAAACAACAAGUCGGCAACCUGAUACCACCUCUUCAACCACCCCCAAUCCGAGAAGUUUUACAAUUAAACUCCAAACCCAUGUACCAUCAACUCCCAAGCGAUUUAACCCCGCCUAAAGAAAAGGACGUGGUACCAAACGCCUCGUCAAGAAUCGACCGGCCAAGGCCCCCAUGGGACCCCCGGCCAGGACAUUUCUACUCCGGCAAACCCGAGUACGUGAGGCCCCCAAGACCGCCACCUGAGAUAGCCUACAAAAGAAUUGACAAUUUGCCCAAUAUUUUGCCCCAGUUUCGACCCAAUAUGAAGUCCAACGUUCCACCACAUUACUUAAACCGGCAACCUCUUUUGGAGAGACCCUCAAACAGGCCCAUCGGUUUCUUCGAGAAGUUGCAACCGCCACCACCGCCGAAAAAUCUUCAUAAUUUGAGGAAAAUUCCCCCGCCUCCGCCGCCCCCUAACCAAAUACGACCGGUUGCCGAAGAUCGGAUUAUCAAUGAAGCGCCGAAGAAACUCCUCCCUGACCAAUUCUUUUACCAAAGUCCUCCAAAAGUGGUACUCGGGACCAGGAGAAUUGCUAAUUUGGAUGGAGACGUUGAAACAUUGCAAAUGAUCCAAGCUAAAAAGGGGGAAAAGAAAGAAAUUCAACCGGAAGUGGUGACAGAAAAAAGCAACAGUGGGACUGACAAACCCCUCUAUGUGGUGUAUCCUGUCAACACACCCCCUAUUAAACUAGAUGUGAUAGAUUCGAACACUAAGGAAAGUGUGGUGAUUGGUACCAGGGCAGAACUGCCUUUACCUCCCUCAAAAAUCAACCAAAGUUUCGAUUACGAGCAAAACCCUAUUCUGAAUCCAAAAGAUCGGAACGAUGCUCCAAUUCUGAAACCUCAUCCCAGACCCACAUUCCCUAUAAAAUCUGACUUUCCAUAUCCUCUUGAACGGCCCGAUCCUUCUGUUCUCAAUCCCGCGGUACCGGAAGUACCGUCCAAAAAUGGAAACAACUUAGAUGAAGCUGACAAUUUCGUUGUUUCGGGCAACCAGUGGAACACCAUUGGCGAGAACAUCGAAUCCAGAAUUGUGAAUGGCCACAAAGUAUCUUCCUCCAACCAAAUUUCGGUUACUCUGAAAACUUACACGGAAAAACCCAUCGCAGUGGCCUACACCCCGACUGAGCCCCACAGACACGACGACAAGUACUCCAUGCCCAACUACGGCAGCCCCGUGAUUCCCGAAAUCCGGCUGGGGACUGUCAGCAGUGCCCAUUUAGGGCACGGAAACCCUGAUAACGAAUUCACAGUAAGCGCUGUGAUGCACACUCACCCCCAAGUAGAACUGAAAGAAAAGUAUGACGAGCCUCCGAAUCACAAAAGCGACACUGAGAAUUUGCCAAAUAUCCAACAGGAUUUCCAAGCGCCGUUUCAAGCUAGUGUCAACAUAGAUUCGAUGUCCCAAGGGUGGUCUGUGGUGAGGGACAAGAAUAAGUCGACUACUGAAAUAGGGGAGGAAGUCACGACUUUGCCACUUGCAACAACUAGCGAGUUUGAUAUUGAGAAUUUCAAGCCGCAGUUGAUUGGUGGGUUUAAGCCCAUUUAUAAUUUUCCAGAUGAGGCAGAAAAAACUAAAGAAGCGGAAGUGAGUGAACGGGCAGAGUGAAUAAAACUGUAAAAAAUUCUUAAUAGUGAUUGGGGGUUUGGUGGGGUUCUGUGAAAAUAUUCGGUUUUCAGACUGUGCGAGCGAAUAUUUCACUAUAGUUGCUAACGUUUUUUAUUAAUAUUGGAAACUCAUUAGAAUUAAGAGACUGCAAGACUUUUAUGUUAUGUUAAUAUACCACUAUCGUAAUGUUUCCCUAAAAAUGAUGAUGUAAUUUAUAAGUAUUUAUUUAUUUAUUGUUAAUUUAUUUUGUAAAACAGUAUAUUUUUAUAAAGCAAGCUUUACUUUUAAUAAAAACUUAAUUGUA